AUGUACUGGCAGAAGUCAUUGCGUAUGCCAACUAUUGCAGAUUUUAUGCCUAGAGACAGGUUCUUCACUCUCAGAACAGCACUGCAUGUUGUGGACACUAACAACAUUCCACGUGAAUCAGAAACUAAUAGAUUGUGGAAAGUACAACCUGCAAUUAAUGUUGUACGCAGUGCUUGUUUGAGACUUCCAUGCCCCUCUGAAAAUGAUUAUUCCACUGAUGAGCAAAUGGUACCAUUUACUGGACGCUGCACAUUGUCUCAAUAUGUUCCAAACAAACCGCAUCCUUUGGAAAUCAAAAACUUUGUUUUGGCAACAACGAAAGGUUUAGUACUUGAUUUUGAAUUUUAUCGAGGUAAAUCAACUCCUCUGCCAGCUGUUGGCCUUGGUCUUGGGCCAUUUGUAAUACUUCGCCUUGCUCAAACAUUACCUCAAGGUGCAAGACUAUAUUUUGACACAUAUUUUACAGCUUUGUUUUUCAUUAUGGUUCCUGUUCCUUCCAGCCCUAGGUCAAGUAACUGUUGCAAUAAUGGCAGAGUGAAACCAGUUCACCUGACAGAACAAAAAAGACUGAAGGGAGGAGGUAUGGACGAAUUCUGCAGGGACGAUGAUAAAAUAGUCAUCGUCCAGUGGAAAGAUUCAAAAGCUGUGACCCUUGCCUCUACUUGCACAGGAUGUGAACCUGUAAGCAAUGUUGAGAGAUGGAGUAAACCAGAAAAGAAGUACAUCUUAGUGCCAUGA